ACACUAGAGUCUACCGAGUCUCUCGGAUGCAUGCCAACAUGGCACUCUUUCUCAUGUGCCAGUUCAGGUUUGAUCGUCUGGGCAAGAACCUCGAGCGUAGAUACGUGUCCUGCCUUGUACAUGCUGUGAUUUGACAGCUGCUUGACUCCCUGUUACUAUCAGAGGAUCAGCCGCAGCUGCGAAUCAGCAUGAGGGCGGGGCUUUUCUGGUGGUCGUAUUCCCUCCGCGUCUUCCUGCAGCACAGUUGCGACGAAUACAUUUGGAUAGAAACGUGCUUGACUGAUGGGAUUAUUUUGACAACAAACCAGAAAUCGAAACUUUCUUGAUAUUUUUUGUGGACCCUGUUUUGUUGAUAAUGGAUUAUAGGUCAGACAGGCUGUCAUCCCACCAUGAUGGAGUCCGACUAUCAUCCUCACUCUCUGGCCAAAGAUGGUCACAGCUCACACUGUCUCACUCCUGUCCGGUGGUCGAGACUGUCGGUCCAUCUCAUCAAGCAAGCUCCUGCCGUUAUGGCCUUGCUCUAGAUGAUUCUGCACGGGCAUACCGCACCACUGCCUUACGUCAAGUCAAUGGCAAUCACAGACCUCUGUCCUCGAUCAAUCGCCAGGCCAAUCAUUCUGGCAACCGGUCCUCGACGUUAGCGUCUCAGCCGGUACUGGUUCGGGCAUAUUCUGGAAGUACAGAUGACACUGGAGGAACAUCCAAUAUGCCUUCACGGCGGUCAUUUCCAUUUUCAGUUCGGUCUGGAACGCCAAAGCGUGGCCCAAGCCUUCCCUCGGAAGAGGACUUUAGUAUCGAUAGCAUUCUGCGCGCCAUCGAGCCUGAAAUUCGGAAUACUUUGGACACGAUUGGCGAAAUAUGCGGCCGUAGCAAACUCAGUUUGGCCAACGAGUAUGGGAGUCAUAUUGCACCCUUGGGAGAGAUUCGGGCUCCCCCUGGCGGUCUCUUGACUGUCGAGGAAGCCAGCUCGGACCACGAAAGACAGCCUGAUGAUGCUGUGAUAAUCUUUGACGAUGACAGUAACAGUGUCAUGGGUGUGCGAGAUUACACCACUGUGCCUCAAUAUCGUUACUUAGAACAGACCGGACCAUCUACAAUCACACCUUCUACAAUGGUGUAUCACUCGUUCGUGCCGUUCUCCGUUGCAGAGGGCUUGUCUGUCCUCGCGCACCCUGCCAACCUCGAUGAGAACACCUCAGACCCCGUUGCAGAUACAUUGCCUGCGACUAGGGAAUUCAUGUCGAAGCCGAACUCAAACGGUCGGACAUUGCUCGGAAAGCAGAACGAUCGCAUCACAGAGGACCAGCUUAAGAGUAUCCUGACACCUGCGCUUGUGGCAGAGAUCCUCCUCGAGGCACAAGCCAACGGCAGCCAUUCAUUGCACACCUUUCCUUCUGACUCUCGCCAAGGUCAGCUGUCCGGAGGGGAUAACGGUGAUACCACAGCAAGGGAUCGUGGACAGUCAGAUAAACCGUCUGUACUAACAGAUGUGCAAGCGCUGUUCAACUGGCUCAGGAAUGCUUCUCAAGACGGACAACCUCGAUCUGCUGAAAAGCUGCUGCGUGCCAUGCUUGAAAGACAAAAUGAACAGCAUCCGUCAAGGAACACCGACUAAGACAUUGACGAUUCAUGACAUUGAUUCCGUACCGUUAUUCCUUUCUAUUUAAUGUUCAAUCCAUUGAAUUAACUUAACUUCUGUCUCUUAAUUCUCCUGUGGCCUGAUCUGUGGAAGUCAAAAACCAGAAACUUUCAUUUCUGUGCCAUCUAUCCUAGCGCAGUCGUUGAGAGGUCC